AUGGCUAACCGCAUGUCAAUGUACUCGCUCGCCUCGGAGGCCAUGGGUGGUCCUCGAGGUGCCGGGCAACAGUCGACCCAGGUUUCUACCACGACCCUUCUCAAUGCCAUCCACAACAUCUAUCUCUCCGCCCAGCCCUACACGCUCGACGCCGGCACCAGCCUGGUUGUCAACACGUGGCUCACGGCCACCCAGGCCGGGCCUGACGGGAGGACAGGAGGCACUGUCGAUCCCACACUCGCCGUCCGAGCAUGGGAACAUGCUCGCCGCCGUGCUGAGGAUGGAUGCAUCAUGCUUGGCUCUCUUCACACCUCGACUCCCUCGCUUCUCGUGCCAUUCCUCUCCUCCAUGCCGAUGUCCAUCCCCUCCUCGCUCUUCACAGCCCUGCAAGCCAUCCAGCCCUUCAUCCGAUGUGUGACUCCUUAUAAUCCUUCUACCCCUCGGCAAGCUGCCUUGGGCGUGACCCUGACCCUGAACCUGGCUGGCAACCUGACGGCGGCGAGCAUCGCCCUGUCCCAAGGCGGGAUUGACACCCGGAAAGGCCUGCUCAGCAUCCCGCCCGAGGCUGGCUACCGGGCCUUCGAUGUCUUCUACUACCUGCUCACCUCUGCGUCCACCCCCGCGGAGCGAGAGUUCCUCGGCCUCAAGGCCGCUUCCAACUACACCCUCCUGGCCCGGUCCGGCACGUACGACCCCCCCUCAUACCUCCCCACCGCCGACGAUGCCGCCUCGGCAGACGACUUCCGGUCAGCCCUCAAGGAGAUCGGCAUCCGGGGGUCCGCCCACCGCAACUUCAUCUCGACCUUGGCUGGCCUCCUGAAGCUCGGAAACACCCUGGACUAUUCGGUGGACGAGGAGGUGCUCGAUGAUAUCUGCGAAGACGUCGGCGGGCUGUUGGGCAUGGAGCCCGAAGUGCUCGCCAAGCAGUGCACGACCGAGGACAGAGAGACGUUUAUCGGAGGACUCUACGAAGCCCUUGUGGACUGGGUCAUCUCCAAGGCCAACGAUGCCAUUUCUGCCCAGCUCGGCCGGAUCAGAGACGGAGAUGAGUCGAGUGAUGGAGGCAGGGGCUCGAGGACCCCCAACACCAAUGAGGACAACGGUGACACUGUAGCCAUCACGAUCCUUGACAUUCCUGAUCCUGAGCUGGGCAAAGCAGUUGCCAUGCGCGGCAUCUUCGACGACAGCCUUGGCAUCAACUCGGAGAUGAAGCAGGACGGCGUGGACGUGCACCCCGCAGGCAGCUCCGUCAUGCGCGAGAUGCAGAACGCCGUGGCCGCUGCGGCGCCCGACCUGGGCAUCAUGAACGGCCCCACUGGCAGAGAGAGGCAGCACGUCCUUGAGAAGCGUGAGGAGAUCUUGGAAAAGAUCGGCUUCGCGGUCGACCAAGAUGGCUUCCUGAAGAAGCUCCUGUUCCCCAUUGCGGGCGAAGGUAUCAACCUCGGCCGGGCGGGCCGGUUUGACCUCCCGGCUAUCCUGAGCAGCAGCCGCGUCUGGUACCAUCUCUCUGUGCACCCGACCGACGAGUCCCCCGCGAGUCUUGCGGCCCUGCCCUCGGUCACUUCGGCCUGGUCUGCGGGGACCGUCUCCAGGCAGCUUCGCGCCUGGAGGCUUCCCGAGUGGGCCAACCGACGGAACAAGCACCUGGACUUCACGGCCGACUUUGACCUGGACGAGUUUGUCCAGCGCUACGCGGUUCUCGGCUGCAAGGACGGCCGCGACGGCAUCGAGAGCUGGAUCCUCGAGCGCGGCUGGAGCAACGGCGAGGUCGUGGUCGGCACCGAGCGUGUCUGGAUGAGGGAGAACGCCUGGUGGGAGGCCGAGAGCAUGCUCGACCUGAAGCCCAUGCCCACCGACCCCUUUGCGACCCCCGGCGGCGGCAUGGGCGGCAUGAUGGACCAGGGCUACGCCGCGAACAACGGCAGCGGCUACUUCCCCCAGCCCGUCUUUGCCGACAACGCCUCGAACGGUAGCCACGAUCAGCUCAUGCACCAGAGGAAUGCCAGCCAGUCCGCCCUCAGCAUGGGCAUGGGCAUGGGCAUGGGACCCGGCCCUCUCGCCGCGCCUUCCAUCGCCCCCUCGGGCAUGCGCAACGUCAGCACCGGUGACUACGGCCUGGGCACCAAGGGCGACACGUUCAAGGGCCAGGGCUACUACGACGAGAACGGCGAGUUCGUCGGCCUCGACCCGGAGCUCGCGCAGAACAAGUCCAUCGAGACCCAGCCCAUCACCGCCACCCGGCGCAUCUGGGUCGCCGUGGUCUGGGCCCUGACCUUCUGGAUCCCCUCGCCCCUGCUCCGCUACGUCGGCCGCAUGAAGCGCCCCGACGUGCGCAUGGCCUGGCGCGAGAAGGUCGUCCUGUGCUUCUUCAUCUUCCUCAUCAACGCCAUCCUGGUCUUCUGGAUCGUCGCCUUCGGCCGGCUGCUGUGCCCCAACAUGGACAAGGCCUGGUCUCAGACCGAGGUCGCCACCCACACGGGCGACGACGACUUCUGGGUGUCUAUCCACGGCAGGGUGUACGACAUCUCCAAGUGGUGGCGGAUCGACCACAGCGACAUCCUCGGGCGCCCCGCCGACAAGGAGGCGAUGCAGCCCCUCGCCGGCCUCAACAUGGACGGCUACUUCAUGCCCCUCCUGACCCAGAGCUGCCCCGGCCUGAACAUCGAGUCCUACGUCACGCUGACCCCCAACCAGACGCUGGAGUACCCCAACGCCGCCCACGUCUACGGCAGUCUCCAGCCGGUCAUCAACAGCGCGCUGCGCAGCGACGACUGGUACUCCAAGGUGUUCCAGCCCAAGAUCAAGGAGUUCUACCACGGCGAUCUCGUCUGGGACACCGGCAUGGUCGCGUCGGACGGCAAGAACAACAACCACCAGUGGUUUAUCUGGAACAACAAGAUCUACGACAUCACCAACUAUGUGUACACCCUCAAGCUCCAGAACAACCUGGCGGCCUUUGCGUUCAUGAACAAGGACAUUACCGACGCCGUCAAGAACGGCCCCGGAACCGAUCUGACCGAGACCUUCAACAAGCUCGUCUCCAACGCCGCGGGCAACGACACGGCGACCGCCAACCUCCUGAAUACCCUGAACUGUAUCGAGAAUACCUUCUACAUCGGCAUUCCCGACUUCCGCAAGUCGGCGCGCUGCCUGGUCAACAACUACAUCCUGCUGGCUUUCACCAUUGUCGUCUGCUCCAUCAUCGGCAUCAAGUUCAUCUCGGCCCUGCAGUUCGGUUCCAAGCGGCGCCCUGCACCCCAGGACAAGUUUGUCAUCUGCCAGGUCCCGGCCUACACCGAGGGUGAAGAUUCGCUGCGCAAGGCUCUGGAUUCGCUCACUGCGCUCCAGUACGACAACAAGCGGAAGCUGAUCUGCGUCAUUUGCGAUGGCAUCAUCGUCGGUGCCGGCAACGACCGCCCUACGCCCAAGAUCGUCCUGGAUAUCCUCGGCGUCGAUCCCAAGGUCGACCCGCCCGCGCUGCCCUUCAAGUCGGUCGGGACGGGCAGCGAGCAGCUCAACUACGGCAAGGUGUACUCGGGCCUGUACGAGUUCGAGGGCAACGUCGUUCCCUACAUGGUCGUCGUCAAGGUCGGCAAGGAGUCGGAGCGGGCCAAGCCCAAGCCCGGCAACCGCGGCAAGCGUGACUCGCAGGUCCUGCUCAUGAGCUUCCUCAACCGGGUGCACCACCGCGCCCCGAUGAACCCGCUCGAGCUCGAGAUGUUCCACCAGAUCAACAACAUCAUCGGCGUCGACCCGGAGCUGUACGAGUAUCUCCUGAUGGUCGAUGCCGAUACCUGCGUGCGCGAGGAUUCCCUCAACAGGCUCGUGGCCGCCUGCGCCAACGACGCCAAGAUUGCUGGCAUCUGCGGUGAGACGAGCUUGCAGAAUGAGGAUCUCUCGUGGUGGACUAUGAUUCAGGUCUACGAAUACUUCAUUUCCCACCAUCUCGCCAAGGCCUUCGAAUCCCUCUUUGGCAGUGUCACCUGUUUGCCCGGUUGUUUCUCCAUGUACCGUCUCCGCACCGUCGACAAGGGCAAGCCGCUCAUCAUCUCGGACGCCGUCAUUCGCGAGUACGCCGACUGCAACGUGGACACGCUCCACAAGAAGAACCUGCUGUCCCUCGGAGAGGAUCGCUUCCUGACGACCCUCAUGACCAAGAACUUCCCCUUCAUGUCGUACAAGUUCAUCCCGGACGCGUACUGCCAGACCGCGGCCCCGGAGAAGUGGUCCGUGCUGCUGUCGCAGCGGCGCCGCUGGAUCAACUCGACCAUCCACAACCUGAUGGAGCUGAUGCGGCUCAAGGAGAUGUGCGGCUUCUGCUGCUUCAGCAUGCGCUUCGUCGUCUUCAUCGACCUCUUCGGCACCAUCACGCUGCCCUUCACGUGCGUCUACCUCGUCUACAUGAUCUACAUGGUCUCGACGCACCAGAGCGCGCUGCCCAUCAUCUCGAUCGCCAUGCUGGCGGGCGUCUACGGCCUGCAGGCGCUCAUCUUCAUCCUCAAGCGGCAGUGGCAGCACAUCGGCUGGAUGAUCAUCUACAUCCUGGCCUUCCCCGUCUACUCGUUCAUCCUGCCCAUCUACUCCUUCUGGAACCAGGACAACUUCUCGUGGGGCAACACGCGCAUCGUCAUCGGCGAGACGGGCAAGAAGCAGGUCGUGGCCGUCGACGACGGCGACGGCGGCUUCGACCCGCGCUCCAUCCCGCUCCAGCGCUGGGACGACUACGCCGCCGCCAACGGCCUCCCCGGCCGCCGCGGCAUGCACUCGGAGAAGAUGCGCGAAGGCGGCCCCUACGACGACGGCUACGAGAUGGACGACAUGAAGUCGGUCUACUCGUCCGUCCGCCAGCCCUCCAUCCUGACGGGGCUCGGCGGCGGCCAGGGCGGCGCCCGCGGCACCUACAUGCCCCCGCAGUCGCCGGGCCCCUACCAGAGCCUGACGCGCAACUCGACGAUGCCGGCUGUGGGCGGUGCGCAGCAGCAGCCCUACACCGACUACCCCUCCGGCGGGCUCCCGCACCGCCAGUCCGUGGCCAGCAUGGGCACCGGCAUCCAGCGCAUGCAGUCCCCCUUCACGGACGUGCCCCUCGGCGGCCAGCGCUCCAUGAGCAACCUGCGCGCCGUGUCCAACACCUCGCCCCAGCUCGCCGCCGGCGGCGGCGCCAACCCGCGCGCCUCGGCGACCAUGAGCACGCUGGGCUACGCCGGCGGCGCGCGCUCGCCGCUCGGCGGCAUGGACGCGGCGCACCAGUCGGCGCUGUCGUUCGACUUCCAGCGCGGGCACGCCGCGGGGCCGGACGACGGCAUGAUCGUCGAGGCGAUCCAGGGCGUGCUGCGCGAGGUCGACCUCGACACCGUCACCAAGAAGCAGGUGCGCGCGCUCGUCGAGCAGCGGCUGCAGACGGAGCUCGUGGGCGAGAGGCGGACGUUUAUGGACAGGCAGAUUGACAACGAGCUCGCUAAUAUGUAG